UCUUCACACUUCUCUGACCGAUUAACGUGUCCAAGAUGUGGUCGCAAUUACUUAUCUGCUGCCUAGUCGGCUUCGCUUUCGCAAACAACAGCAACCCAGCCUGGAAAGACAACACUGAGUACAGCUACAUCGUUCGCGGUCGCACCUUAGCCAGCCUCAAUGAAGUUUCCAACCAAUACACUGGUAUCCUCUUGAAGGCCAAAUUAACCAUCAUUCCCCAAUCCAACGGCAAAUUGUACGCCAAGAUUUCCGAAUCUCAAUAUGGGCAAAUCCACUCCGAAUUGGCCAAUGGCUGGAACACAUACAUUCCAGACUCCCAAGUCGGUUACAAGCAAUUGCCCUUGACUGAGAAAUACUUCGAAAUCGUGAUGGAAGAAGGCGUCAUCAGAGACUUGAUUGUAAGCAAAGAAGUCUCCAACUGGGAAGCCAACAUCAUCAGAAGCAUUGUCAGCCAAUUCCAAUUGGACACCAACGCUAAGAACUUGAUCCCAAGCCACGUCAACGCCCUUCCCGAAGGUCAACAAAACAAUGCCGUCUUCAAGACCAUGGAAGAUACCAUUAACGGUCAGUCCGAAACCUUGUACGACAUCCACGCUCUUCCCGAAUACGUGCUCCAAAGCAAACCAUGGUUGGCUCCAAAACACGAAUUGAGAGGAGAAGGAGAAGUUAUCGAAAUCGUCAAGAGCAAGAACUUCACCAACAGCAAACAAAGACCUUCCUUCUACUAUGGAUUGUCCGGCAUGGACCAAUGGGAACCCACCACCAACCAAAUGGGAGAAUUCUUCACCAGAACCUCCAACAGCCGCGCUGUCGUUACCGGAACUCUUAAACGUUACACUGUACAAAACUCUUACACCGUCAACAAGAUCGUGAUGAGCCCAACUUUGAACGAUGACAAAAAAGGAUCCGUCGUCAGCAUGCUUAACGUGACCCUUCAAGAAGUUCGCCCACAAAGCGAAAAACCACAAGAAGUUUCCCAACCAAUCAACUUGGGCGAUCUCGUCUACAGAUUCAACAAACCAUACUCCACCAACCAAGUUCGUGGCGAAUACAGAGGACAAGAAAACACCAACCAAGGAAUGCAAAGAUCCAGCGAAGAAAUGUACGUUGCUCACCCAAGAUUGUUCCGUCGCUCCGUCGAAGAACAAUUGAGAUCUGAAGAACAAUACCAAAAGCAAGAAAGAUACAUGGAACAAUACUGGAAUGAACAACAACAACAGGAACAACCAAAAAUGGACAAAGCCCCACAAACCCCACUUUUGCCCUUCACCAUUGGAUACAAAGGCCAAUCCAUCAAGACCGAACAAGGAUUCAACGUUGUCGAAAAGGUAGAAAAACUUUGCCAAGAAAUUGGCCAAUACGUUCAACAACCCGAAACCAUUUUGGAAAAAUUCGUCUUGGACAAAUUCACCAUUUUGACCCAACUCGUUCGCAUCAUGAACGCCGAUGAACUCCAAAAGGUUUCUCAAAAAGUAUACAGCCAGGAACAACAUGGUCAAAAGUACGCCGCUUGGAUUGCUUUCCGUGACGCCGUCGCUCAAGCCGGAACUGGCCCUGCUUUCCUUACCAUCGAAAAAUGGAUCCAAACCGACAAAAUCCAAUCCCAAGAAGCCGCCGUCGUUAUCAGCACCAUGGCCCGCGUUGUCCGCGAACCAACUGUUGAAUACAUCCGCAAAUUCUUCGAAUUGAUCAAAUCCGAAAAAAUCCAAUCCCAAGAUCAAUUGUUGAGAAACUCUGUCCAUCUUUCUUUCGGUAACCUUUUGCGUAGAGUUUACGUUGAAAAACGCGAAUCCCACAACGCUUUCCCCGUUCACGUUUAUGGAAAAUUCUACAACCACGAAGGUAAAACUUAUAUGAGACAAACCAUUAUCCCAUACUACCGCCAACAAUUGGAACAAGCCAUUUCCCAAUCCAAAACUGAACAAAUCCACAUGUACAUCCGUACUUUGGGUAACAUUGCCGACAGAGAAAUUCUCUCCGUAUUCGAACCCUACAUGGAAGGACAAAAACAAUGCUCCCAAUUCCAACGUUUGAUGAUGGUCGUAUCUUUGGACAAACUUACCUACGGACACCCCGAAUUGGCUCGCUCCGUUCUUUACAAAAUCUACCAAAACGCCGGAGAAUCCCAAGAAAUCAGAGUAGCUGCUGUAUACCAAUUGAUGAGAACCAGCCCACCAACUGACAUGCUUCAACGCAUGGCCCAAGCUACCCAUUUCGACGAACACGACGAUGUUAACGCUGCUGUCAAAUCUUCCAUUGAAACCGCUGCCCAACUUAAAGGAGAACAAUACAAAAACUUGCGUUCCUCUGCCAGAGCUGCCAAACCCCUUCUUACCAAGAAAAACUUCGGCUUGCGUCAGUCUCAAAACUACCUUCGCAGCUAUGUUCUCGAUGAAAUGAAAGUAGGAUACAAACAAGUUGUACAAACCAUCAUUGGACAAGGAUCUUUCAUCCCCAAAUCUGUCAAAUAUUCUCUUCGUUCCACCCUUGCCGGAUUACACCGUCAAUUGGUAAACAUGCAAUACAUGGUAUCCAGUAUCGAUGAACUUACCAACGUUUUGAUGAAGCAAACCGAAUUCUACAAACAAGCUAAAGAACAAACCCAAAACACCGAACAACAAUGGAGCAGCCAACAAGUUGCCGGUUUAUUGAAAUUGAAAAUGGACGAAAAAGACCAAUUGGAAGGUUCUUUGAACAUUGAAUUGGGAAACAUUCAACAAAUCUUGUCCUUUGACAACCGCACCAUCGAAAGAUUGCCAGAAAUCAUCAGCGUACUCGAACAAGGAUUGAAACAAGGAAAACAAUUCCACUACUUGAAAUUCGUAGAUAAUGGAGAAUUCACCAUGGCUUUCCCCACCGAAAUGGGCUUCCCAUUCGUGUACACCUACAACACCCCUGUGCUCAGCCACUUCCACGGCAAAAUUGAAGCUCAAAUUAAACCGGAAUCCCUCAUCGAAGGUAAAUUCCAAAUUCCAGAAACCGUAUCCAUUAAAUCCGAAAUUAGAGCCACCCUCCAUGGUAAAGUACAAGGACACAUUUCCUUCGUCGCACCAUUCGAACACCAACAAUACGUAGCUGGAUACGACAAAGUAUUCCUUGCCCAUGUCCCACUCCGUACUAAGAUCGAUGUUGAUGUCAAGAAAAUGCAAGUUCAUGCCGAAUUCGAACCAUUGAACGAACAACAAGGCAAACAACAAGUUAUGCACUACAGCACUUUGCCAUUCACCACCAAGGCUGAUUUGCUUAAGGCUGAACCUUUCCUUGCCAGACCAACCACACAGGUCAUCUCCCAAAAAUUGAACCAAGGUAUGGAAUACGUUUUCGGAAAGAAGGAAAUCGGCAUGGCUCUUCGCGUUGAAUGCCAACACGAACAAAGAAGAAACAACCUCUGGUGGCUCACCAAGCUCAUGGAAAGCAAAGACCCUCUUGCUCUUUUGAAAAUCGUUAAGUUCGGUGCCAUCGAACGCAGCCAAUUGAACGUCUUCUACUUGCCCCAAGAAUCUACCACCCGCAAGGUCGCAAUCAAAUUGGGAUACCAACAAGAUUACAAAACCCAAGGAUCUGACGAAAGCAACGACAGCAAAUUCGACGAUUUGGCCCAUGUUGCCCAAACCAGCUCCGAAUCUUUUGCCCGUCAACAAGAUUUCGCCAAGAAGGUAUCUGCUGGAAUCAAGAGCGUACACACCAAAGUCGUUGAUGCCCAAAUCGAAUUCCAAGGUCAACAAACCAUGAAAUACACCGUAACCGGUGCCGUUGCCAAGAGUAACGUCGAUCAAAAAUCCCGUUUCUUGGUUCUCGUCAAAUCUGAAAACCAAAUGAAACCAUUCGAACUUGCUAUCGCCGGCAGAAGCCUUAUUCCCAACACCAACGGACUCGACUUGACCGAAUCCCUCAGGGUCGAACCCCAAGUCAACACCCAAGUUAAAAUCGCUUUCGGUGAAAACCUCCAACAAUCCGCUUCCAAAAUCCACGCUGACAUCGAACUCCGCAGAAGCGAAUCCCGCAAACAAUACUUGCUCGAAGAACCCAUGUACCACGAAUGCAAACGAGAAGGAGAAGUUAUCGAAAUCGUCAAGAGCAAGAACUUCACCAACAGCAAACAAAGACCUUCCUUCUACUAUGGAUUGUCCGGCAUGGACCAAUGGGAACCCACCACCAACCAAAUGGGAGAAUUCUUCACCAGAACCUCCAACAGCCGCGCUGUCGUUACCGGAACUCUUAAACGUUACACCGUACAAAACUCUUACACAGUCAACAAGAUCGUGAUGAGCCCAACUUUGAACGAUGACAAAAAAGGAUCUGUCGUCAGCAUGCUUAACGUGACCCUUCAAGAAGUUCGCCCACAAAGCGAAAAACCACAAGAAGUUUCCCAACCAAUCAACUUGGGCGAUCUUGUCUACAGAUUCAACAAACCAUACUCCACCAACCAAGUUCGUGGCGAAUACAGAGGACAAGAAAACACCAACCAAGGAAUGCAAAGAUCCAGCGAAGAAAUGUACGUCGCUCACCCAAGAUUGUUCCGUCGCUCCGUCGAAGAACAAUUGAGAUCUGAAGAACAAUACCAAAAGCAAGAAAGAUACAUGGAACAAUACUGGAAUGAACAACAACAACAGGAACAACCAAAAAUGGACAAAGCCCCACAAACCCCACUUUUGCCCUUCACCAUUGGAUACAAAGGCCAAUCCAUCAAGACCGAACAAGGAUUCAACGUUGUCGAAAAGGUAGAAAAACUUUGCCAAGAAAUUGGCCAAUACGUUCAACAACCCGAAACCAUUUUGGAAAAAUUCGUCUUGGACAAAUUCACCAUUUUGACCCAACUCGUUCGCAUCAUGAACGCCGAUGAACUCCAAAAGGUUUCUCAAAAAGUAUACAGCCAAGAACAACAUGGUCAAAAGUACGCCGCCUGGAUUGCUUUCCGUGACGCCGUCGCUCAAGCCGGAACUGGCCCUGCUUUCCUUACCAUCGAAAAAUGGAUCCAAACCGACAAAAUCCAAUCCCAAGAAGCCGCCGUCGUUAUCAGCACCAUGGCCCGCGUUGUCCGCGAACCAACUGUUGAAUACAUCCGCAAAUUCUUCGAAUUGAUCAAAUCCGAAAAAAUCCAAUCCCAAGAUCAAUUGUUGAGAAGCUCUGUCCAUCUUUCUUUCGGUAACCUUUUGCGUAGAGUUUACGUUGAAAAACGCGAAUCCCACAACGCUUUCCCCGUUCACGUUUAUGGAAAAUUCUACAACCACGAAGGUAAAACUUAUAUGAGACAAACUAUCAUCCCAUACUACCGCCAACAAUUGGAACAAGCCAUUUCCCAAUCCAAAACUGAACAAAUCCACAUGUACAUCCGUACUUUGGGUAACAUUGCCGACAGAGAAAUUCUCUCCGUAUUCGAACCCUACAUGGAAGGACAAAAACAAUGCUCCCAAUUCCAACGUUUGAUGAUGGUGGUAUCUUUGGACAAACUUACCUACGGACACCCCGAAUUGGCUCGCUCCGUUCUUUACAAAAUCUACCAAAAUGCCGGAGAGUCCCAAGAAAUCAGAGUAGCUGCUGUAUACCAAUUGAUGAGAACCAGCCCACCUACUGACAUGCUUCAACGCAUGGCCCAAGCUACCCAUUUCGACGAACACGACGAUGUUAACGCUGCUGUCAAAUCUUCCAUUGAAACCGCUGCCCAACUUAAAGGAGAACAAUACAAAAACUUGCGUUCCUCUGCCAGAGCUGCCAAACCCCUUCUUACCAAGAAAAACUUCGGCUUGCGUCAGUCUCAAAACUACCUUCGCAGCUAUGUUCUCGAUGAAAUGAAAGUAGGUUACAAACAAGUUGUACAAACCAUCAUUGGACAAGGAUCUUUCAUCCCCAAAUCUGUCAAAUAUUCUCUUCGUUCCACCCUUGCCGGAUUACACCGUCAAUUGGUAAACAUGCAAUACAUGGUAUCCAGUAUCGAUGAACUUACCAACGUUGUGAUGAAGCAAACCGAAUUCUACAAACAAGCUAAAGAACAAACCCAAAACACCGAACAACAAUGGAGCAGCCAACAAGUUGCCGGUUUAUUGAAAUUGAAAAUGGACGAAAAAGAUCAAUUGGAAGGUUCUUUGAACAUUGAAUUGGGAAAUAUUCAACAAAUCUUGUCCUUUGACAACCGCACCAUCGAAAGAUUGCCAGAAAUCAUCAGCGUACUCGAACAAGGAUUGAAACAAGGAAAACAAUUCCACUACUUGAAAUUCGUAGAUAAUGGAGAAUUCACCAUGGCUUUCCCCACCGAAAUGGGCUUCCCAUUCGUGUACACCUACAACACCCCUGUGCUCAGCCACUUCCACGGCAAAAUUGAAGCUCAAAUUAAACCAGAAUCCCUCAUCGAAGGUAAAUUCCAAAUUCCAGAGACCGUAUCCAUUAAAUCCGAAAUUAGAGCCACCCUCCAUGGUAAAGUACAAGGACACAUUUCCUUUGUCGCACCAUUCGAACACCAACAAUACGUAGCUGGAUACGACAAAGUAUUCCUUGCCCAUGUCCCACUCCGUACUAAGAUCGACGUUGAUGUCCAGAAAAUGCAAGUUCAUGCCGAAUUCGAACCAUUGAACGAACAACAAGGCAAACAACAAGUUAUGCACUACAGCACUUUGCCAUUCACCACCAAGGCUGAUUUGCUUAAGGCUGAACCUUUCCUUGCCAGACCAACCACACAGGUCAUCUCCCAAAAAUUGAACCAAGGUAUGGAAUACGUUUUCGGAAAGAAGGAAAUCGGCAUGGCUCUUCGCGUUGAAUGCCAACACGAACAAAGAAGAAACAACCUCUGGUGGCUCACCAAGCUCAUGGAAAGCAAAGACCCUCUUGCUCUUUUGCAAAUCGUUAAGUUCGGUGCCAUCGAACGCAGCCAAUUGAACGUCUUCUACUUGCCCCAAGAAUCUACCACCCGCAAGGUCGCUAUCAAAUUGGGAUACCAACAAGAUUACAAAACCCAAGGAUCUGACGAAAGCAACGCCAGCCAAUUCGACGAUUUGGCCCAUGUUGCCCAAACCAGCUCCGAAUCUUUUGCCCGUCAACAAGAUUUCGUCAAAAAGGUAUCUGCUGGAAUCAAGAGCGUACACACCAAAGUCGUUGAUGCCCAAAUCGAAUUCCAAGGUCAACAAACCAUGAAAUACACCGUAACCGGUGCCGUUGCCAAGAGUAACGUCGAUCAAAAAUCCCGUUUCUUGGUUCUCGUCAAAUCUGAAAACCAAAUGAAACCAUUCGAACUUGCUAUCGCCGGCAGAAGCCUUAUUCCCAACACCAACGGACUCGACUUGACCGAAUCCCUCAGGGUCGAACCCCAAGUCAACACCCAAGUUAAAAUCGCUUUCGGUGAAAACCUCCAACAAUCCGCUUCCAAAAUCCACGCUGACAUCGAACUCCGCAGAAGCGAAUCCCGCAAACAAUACUUGCUCGAAGAACCCAUGUACCACGAAUGCAAACGUCAAAUGCAAGAAGGUAACCACCAACUCCCAGCCUGCGCCAACAUGACCAUCAGAGCUAACAAAUUGGACGACAUUCAAGUCAAAAUCCAACAUGAAAACAUGAGACCCGAAUACACCAGAGCCAUCCAACACGUAUACAACGCACUUCGUUACCAAAUGACCGUUCUUCCUCACAUCGAAAUCCAAAAAAGCCAACAACAAGACAAACAAAUCCGCCUUAGAGCCCGUUUCGCUCCAAACCUAAGAGCCAUCAACGUAACUCUUCAAGAUGGACAAGAAGAAAUCACCUUGAAAAACAUUAAGGUCGACGAAUUGAUGGCUGAUGUCUUCGUUGCUCACCCAGUCUUCCACAUCAAAUCUCGCCUUGUUGGAAAAAUGCUUGGCUACCAAAACUACAGACCAUACUGUGUUAUUGACCAAACCGAAGCCAACACUUACUCCAACAGAACCUACUCCAUCAGAUCUCUUCCAACUCAAUGGACUGUUAUGAUGCAAUACGUUCCCGAAAAGGCCCGUCAACAUCAACAACCCCACAUUAACGGACAAGAACAAUUGAAACACCAACUUGGAAACUACCUUGUUUUGGUUCGCCAAAACAAAGAAAACCCUAAACAAAAGGACGUAAAAAUCACCUUCAACGAACCAAGAACCCAAGGCAAAAUCUUGGACAUCACUUUGCAACCAGCCCAAAACGGUCAACUAUCCGGUGUCAACCCCAAGGCUAAGGUAUUCGUUGGACAACAACAAGUCCAAAUCAACGGUCAACAAAGCCACGACAUCCAAGGCGAUUUGGUCCAAAUCUACGCUUUGCCCAACGGUGAAGUCAAGAUUGAAGUGCACGGUAAAUUCUACGCCAUCUACGACGGAGAACGUGUCAAACUUACCCUUCUUGAUGGACAAUUCCGUGACCAAAUCCGUGGUCUUUGCGGACAAUUCAAUGAACAAAAACCCACCGACUUCCAAACCCCUGACAACUGCAUCAUAAGAGAAGAACAAGAAUUCGUCCAAAGCUGGAACGCCGAACAACCACAAAAACAACAACGCCAACACUGCUACAGACAAGAAGUCUUGUACGCCAACGUGAUCUCCAAACAAGAUCUUGGACAUGGCCAAGAACACCAAAACCAACACCAACACUCCGGUGACAUGUGCACCAAAUACCAAACCCGCUACGUCGAACAAAACGGUGAAAUCUGCUUCACCAUCCGCCCAAUGCCCGUCUGCAAUUGCCAACAACGCGGCACCAUCACCAAGAACGUAGCCGUUCACUGCGUCAAGCAAUCCAACGUUGCCAACUUGUGGAAGAGCCAAAUCCAAAAGGGCGCCAGCCCCGACUUCGGCUCCAAAACCGAAACCAGGAAGAUCCAAAUGGAACUUCCCAGACAAUGUUCCCAAUAAAUCAGGGAUAUGAAAUAAUGAAAUUGCAAAAUUAAUUAUUGAUAAGUUUUAUUUGUAAGGAGCAUUAAAAAAGUGAAAAAAAAUACUUAAUAAACCAUGUAUAUAAUAUAAC